AUGUCUUGGCUCGCGGGUCAGGGUCCCGUUGAAGAGAGUGACAACCUCGGCGUUGACUGGGUGCUGCAGUAUGAAUUUGGCGAGCUUGACCAAGCAACCGCGAUUACCGAGUUCCGACAACUCGUGAGUGACUUGCACGAAGCUGGCCUCCGGUUACAGGUGCGUCAUGGCCACGGCCAGUCGCUAUUAGUGUGUAUUCGGGUGCCCAGGGACCACCUGGGGCAGAUGAUUCACAAGUCGAGAAUUAAGGAUUGGUUGUUUGGGAUCACCCAUACUCUGCCGCAUGGCGAUGAAAACACAGCCGCCGAUGCCGACACGCCUUCCGAAGAGAUCCGCUCGGUUUAUCACGCCGUGACCUGGCAGAAGAAGCUAGGAGGUGCGGGCAUCACGCCGAAUUAUGGAAAAUGGAAGAACGUGACGGCUUCAUUCCCGCCUCACGAUCAAGAUGCGUGUUCCAAAUUACUGCGGCAGUGGAGUCGCAAAACGGUGUUGACAACAGAGGAUCUCGACACCAUCCGCGCGCUGUUUGGUGAAAAGGUCGCUUUCUACUACGCAUUCAUUCACUGCUACUCGUUCUUUUUGUUAGUACCUGCCGCGCUGGGCAUCUUCUGCUGGCUCUAUCUAGGCCCCUACUCGAUCUUCUAUGGCUGUGCUCUGUGUGUCUGGUGUGUGGUCUUUGUCGAGUUUUGGAAGAUCCGCGAGUCUGAUCUAGGCCUACGAUGGAAUGUCAAGGGCGUCGGGAGGCUGAAGGUGGACCGACCGCAAUAUAUCUGGGAGAAGGAAGUCGAGGAUUCGAUCACCGGGCAGGUGAACCAUGUCUUCCCGGGAUGGAAGCAAUUCCUACGCCAGACCCUCCUUGUACCUUUCGCUUCGAUCGCAAGUGUUGCUCUUGGAGGCUUGAUUUGUGCGACUUUUGCAGCUGAAACCUUUAUUUCGGAGGUUUAUAAAGGACCUUUCCAAGGAUACCUUGAGUUCCUGCCCACCAUUCUGUUCUCGCUCUCCCUUCCAGCAAUCACCUCCUUCCUGACCGGCAUCGCGACUCGCCUUACCGAUUACGAAAAUUACCGGACGCAAGAUCAGUACGAUCUCGCACAGACACAAAAGACCUUCGUUAUGAACUUCAUCACCUCUUUCCUACCCACCCUCUUGACUGCAUACGUCUAUGUUCCGUUCGCCAAAUUUAUCGUGCCCCAUCUCGACAUGCUCCGCUGGUUUGACCACUCGGAUACCACCACUGCGCCCCUCGAGUUCGAGGUCGACACUUCACGGUUCCAACAGGAGGUCAUUUACCUCUCCAUGACUGCCCAAGUUUUUGGAUUUUGCGAGGAGAUUGUCCUCCCAUACGUGAAGCACGUCCUGUGGCAGAAAUGGCGGAACUAUCGGGACCGCAAAGCUGGAUUGACCCGCCAGCGCAGCUUCUCUACGGCAACGGACUUGCUCUUGAUCGACCCUGCGGGUGAGACAUCAUUCUUGAAACGCUUGCGAAGUGAGGCAGAUGCAGAUGAAUAUCAAGUGGAGGAAGAUAUUCUGGAAAUGUGUGUUCAAUUCGGGUAUCUUGCCUUGUUCGGUGUUGCAUGGCCCCUGGUACCACUGGGCUUUUUGCUUAACAACUGGCUGGAAUUACGAGGUGAUUUUUUCAAACUUACUCUGGAGUGCCAGCGCCCGCCGCCUAUCCGAGCAGACUCGAUCGGACCGUGUCUCCUGGGCUUGGAGAUCCUCGCCUGGAUGGGCACACUGUCUACAGCGGCUAUUGUCCACCUUUAUCGGGGCCCAAUAUCCGAAGUCCACCUGUCAUCGCUCCUCCUGACAGUCUUCAUAGCUGAACAAGCAUAUCUGGCACUCCGCUUCAUAGCAGCGACUGCGAUGCAAAAAAUAUUCUCUGACACACUUCGUCGGGAGGAAGCCCGACGAUACGCUGUUCGUAAAGGUUUCUACGAGGCCAGCAUCUCCCACCCCGAGCAGCCGACUUCACCCAGAGGGCGAGUCCGGCAGCGCGUUCGUUUCCACGAAAAAGUGAAUGUUUACAGCUCUGACAGCAACCCCUCACCCGACGGUAGUCCGCCACCGACCAUGGAAGAACAUGAUGAUUUGCUCCGAGGUUCGGACCGUGAGGCCGAGUUCUGGGCCGGACCGAGUGACACAGCUGAUGUGGGCGUAAAGAUGAUCCGGGCGCUGAGUGCGAAUAAACCCGAUGAUCCCAAGUGGACAAAAGAAGCAUAG